GGACCCUACUAUCGAAAGGCAGUGAGCAGUCUCACGUUGCAUUGGGGUCUCAGUCAGUGGUGAGUGAGCGAGCAGACAGUGGCAGAUAUAUCAUGCCGCCACACUCUGCUCCAUCCCCACCCGCUGCCACGCGCCCCAGAUGGUUUACUCCUUCCCUUCAUCCCUCCAGCACGGUUGUGCCCAGGCAGUCAGCCAGGUCUGAUCAACUUCAAGUGUUCAGCCCCAACCACACACCGACACACCAAACCCGUCAAACACAACAUUCCACCCACCAUGGGCUUCUCCUUCCGUGGAAAGGCCUCGGAUGCACCCGUGUCCGAGGGCGUUUCCACCGGACAGGAUGUCUCCCCAGAAGACCAGCCCAUCGACAUCAACCCUGAGGCUGAUCUCAAGAAGUUUAAGAAGCUUCACAAGUGGGAUCCUUUCAUGGAAGUUGAAAAGCUUGACGCUGCUGACCAGGUACUGCGCACCGGAGAUUUGGAGAAAGAGGCUGCGGUCGAGGCCUCGCUACUGGUUGAGGACUCGCCGUACGCCGAGGUCAGGGCCUCGGUGAAGCCAUUUGAUGACCCCGAGACGCCCGUCAACACCAUUCGCGCCUGGACUAUCGGUCUCAUCACCUGUACUGUUGUCACUGCCUGCAACGUCCUACUGAACAUGCGCCGUGCGCCCGUCACCAUAUCACCCGUUGUCGUGCAGCUGAUCGCCUACCCCAUGGGCAAAGGCUGGCACGCGAGCAUGCCCAACUGGAAGUUCCGUCUCUUCGGCCAGCACCUUGAAUUCAAUCCCGAGGCUCCCUUCAACAUGAAGGAGCACACUGUCAUUGUUAUCAUGACCGCUGCUGGCUCGGCCCUCUCAUACGCCCUCGAUAUCCUGCUCGCCCAGGAGAUCUUCUACAAGCAGCAUUUCGGCUGGGGCUUCCAGAUCUUGCUCAUCCUGUCGACACAAGCUAUGGGCUUCGGCCUCGCUGGUGUCAUGAGGAGGUUUUUGGUCUGGCCUUCUGCCAUGGUCUGGCCCGCGACCCUCAUCUUCACCACUGUCAUGAACACCCUUCAUGACCACAGGCCUUCAGAUCCCUCGCAGGCUAAUGGCUGGAGAAUUGGUCGUUACAAGUUCUUCCUCAUUGUGGCGUUUGGAACUUUCUGCUAUGAAUGGAUCCCGCAGGUAAUGGCUACAUUCCUUCAAGUCUUUACGUUUGCGACGUGGAUCGCACCGAAUAAUGUACUGGUCAAUCAACUCCUCGGUGGUCAGACUGGCGUGGGGUUGAUCCCGCUCUCGUUUGAUUGGAACAUCAUCACCGGCUUCUUGCUGUCGCCCUUGCAAACUCCCGCUUUCGCCAUCUUCAACGUCGGCAUUGGUAUCCUCCUGAUGAUGCUGGGCUCGAUCGGACUGGCCUAUGCCGGCCCUGACUUUUACAAGUACUUACCCAUCAGUGCGAACGGAAACUUUGAUCACUUUGGCGCGCCGUACAACACGAGCAGGAUCCUUAACCCAGACUUCACAUUCAACCAGACGAAGUACGAGGAGUACUCCCCCCUUAUGCUUGGGCCUGCAUUCUCGUUGACCUACGGAAUGUCCUUCGCCGCUUUGGCCUCGACCGUCGUUCACGUCGGUCUCUUUUACGGAAAGGACAUCUGGUCUCGCACCCGAUCUGCCUCGCACGAGGAAGCAGAUGUCCACCUGAAGAUGAUGAGGAAGUAUCGCGAGGCACCUGAGUGGUGGUUUGCCAGCGUCUUCCUCGUCUCUUUCGCGUUCGGCAUGAUCGCUUCCCAGGUGUGGGAGACUCACCUCGCCUGGUGGGCUUACAUCAUCUGUGUCCUGAUCGGCGUCGUGCUCAUCCUUCCCGUCGGCAUUAUACAAGCCAUCACAAACAGCCAAACGGGCCUGAACGUCAUCACCGAGCUGAUCAUAGGGUACAUGCAGCCAGGCAGACCCGUGGCCAUGAUGCUGUUCAAGAGUUGGGGCUACAUGAUGGCCUACAACGGCUUGACGUACGUCUCUGACAUGAAGAUUGGCCAUUAUAUGAAGAUCCCGCCGCGCACCAUGUUCUACGCUCAGUUCUUCGCUGUGGUGUGGCUUAGCAUUGUGCAAAUUGCCACUUACAACUUCCUCCGAGGCAACAUCGAAGGAGUCUGUACAUCCGAUCAGAAGCAAGGCAUCACAUGUCCCAAUGCGAAGACCUUCUUCAAUGCCUCAGUCAUCUGGGGUGUCGUCGGCCCAAAGAGGAUGUUCAGCUCGGGGGCUCUUUACAGUUGGACCAACUAUUUCUGGUUGAUUGGAGCAGCCCUGCCUGUGAUCCAAUAUUUCGUGGCUCGUCGAUUCCCGCGUGGCAUCUUGCGAUACCUGUUCUUCCCGUCCAUCUUCGGUGCCGCCGGACAGAUCCCGCCGGCCACUUGCUGGUACCUGGGACAAUGGGUUAUCGUGGGGCUCAUCUUCAACUAUUUUAUUCGGAGAGCCUAUUUUGGCUGGUGGACCCGAUACAACUAUGUCCUGUCCGGUGCUCUCGAUAUUGGCACGGCGCUAUGCAUCGUUGUCUCUGCGCUGGCCCUUGGGCUCAGCGGCGCGUCAUUCCCCGACUGGUGGGGUAACACUGUGUGGCAAAACAACCUUGAUGCGGAAGGCACUGCAGUAACGAAGACGGUCGCCGACGAUGGAUCAUUCUUCGGUCCAACCACCUGGCACUAGAUGUGCCAAACUCAAGAGACCAUGUCUGAUGUGUUCUAGACGAGGAAGUGGACAUUGUUGGUUCAGUUAGAUACGAAGUCUACCGCCUCCCAUGUGUAUAUCAAUGAUGC